AUGGCACGCGAAAAGUUUGUGCGAACAAAACCGCACGUAAACAUUGGAACAAUUGGACACGUUGACCACGGAAAAACAACUCUUACAGCAGCAAUCACUAUGGCAAUGUCUGCUGUUGGUGGUGAGCAAAAAGGUAAGAACUAUGCUGAUAUUGACUCUUCACCAGAGGAAAAAGCACGUGGUAUUACUAUUAACACUGCACACGUAGAAUACGAGACAGAAACUCGUCACUAUGCGCACGUAGACUGUCCAGGCCACGCUGACUACGUAAAAAACAUGAUUACUGGAGCUGCACAAAUGGAUGGUGCAAUUCUCGUGGUAUCGGGUGCUGAUGGACCAAUGCCACAAACAAAAGAGCACCUUCUUCUUGCAAAACAAGUUGGAGUACCGCACAUCGUUGUAUUCUUAAACAAAGAAGACCAAGUAGAUGAUGAGGAAUUACUUGAGCUCGUAGAACUCGAAGUACGUGAUACACUUUCAAGCUACGAUUUCCCUGGAGAUGAUAUUCCACUUAUCGCUGGAUCUGCACUUCUUGCUUUAGAAGCAUUAACAGCAAACCCAACGAUUAAACAAGGGGAAGACAAGUGGGUGGAUAAAAUUAUCAAACUCAUGAGUUCAGUAGAUGAAUACAUUCCAACACCAGAGCGUGAUACAGAGAAGAACUUCCUUAUGGCAGUUGAAGAUGUAUUCUCAAUUACUGGACGUGGAACAGUAGCAACUGGACGUGUAGAGCGUGGAAUGGUUAAAAUUGGAGACGUAAUUGAACUUGUUGGACUUGCUGAAGCAAACCGUGAAGCAACUGUAACAGGACUUGAAAUGUUCCAAAAAUCACUUGAAGAAAGUGUAGCUGGUGAUAACGUUGGAGUACUUCUCCGUGGAGUACAGAAAGACGAUAUUGAGCGUGGAAUGGUAAUGGCAAAAACUGGGUCAAUUACACCACACACAAAAUUUGAAUCACAAGUAUACGUUCUUACAAAAGAAGAAGGAGGGCGUCACACACCAUUCUUCCCAGGAUACCGUCCACAAUUCUAUGUACGAACAACAGACGUAACUGGGAAAAUCGAGUCAUUCAUUAGUGAUGAUGGAGAAGAAGCAUCAAUGGUUAUGCCAGGUGACCGUGUAAAAAUGGUUGUAGAGCUUAUUCAACCAAUUGCUAUUGAAAACGGAAUGCGUUUUGCAAUCCGUGAAGGAGGGCGUACUGUUGGAGCAGGUGUUGUAUCAACAAUUCUUAAAUAA